UGUGAAAUCAAAUUAUUUUAAAUUAAAAACAAAAAGGAUUUAAUAAUAAUUUUUAUCAAAUUCAGGGCUUCAAAUUGUAAUUUACCCAUAAUGAAAAAGGAGGGAGGUUUUCUUACCUAAUUGCGCUCUCGCCCUGCAACUACAAUCUGUGCCUAUCUGACAAGAGAGAGAAAGAGCAAGAAAUUGCAUUCUUUGUCAAACUCCACCUGCAUACCUUCCCUCCAUUAUCACUUUGUGCAAAGCUCUCUGCUCCUUUUGCCUUUGUGAUUCUCUGAACCCACUUAUUUUCCCAAGUUUCCCCUUCAUAGAGGUUGUUUUACUGAAACAAAACUCCCUAACGAGGCAAAACAAUGGAGGAGCUACAUCUUUGAUUUCCCUCAUUUUCCCGAAAAAAACAGAAAAUUUCUGCAAUUGUUGAAAAAAAAAAUGAUACCCAUUUCCCGCCAAGUACCUUCCUUUCCAAUUUUACGAUCGAUCCCUUGUGAAAUGGCUUGAUACCCAAUGAUCGCCAAACCUUAGGAUAUAUAAUUUAGUGGGUUACAAUUUUGGUAUGGGUGGUUUAAGCCACCAUGGCUGGGCAGAAAAUGUGAAAUUUUUUCUAAUCAUGCACCUAUGCUUAAAUAGAAUAUCCUAUGUAUAACCAUAUAGAGAUAAAUGUCAAAGAAAACCAUAGCAAGCCCAUUUUGCCUCAAAAAGAAAUUCUGUACAUGGCAAGGGUUGUUAAAACAAAGAUAGCAAGUACCUGUCCAUUACUAUAAUUAGCAAAUUUGACAGAGUCUUCGUUCCCUUUCCUAGCUCAAUGGCUUUUGAGAGAUGAAGCAAAACAAAAAUGAAGGGAAGAACUUUCUUGUGUCUUCUUAAUAACAAGAAUCUCUUCCAGGGCUAAGGUUUUCAGCAGGCUAAGCAGAUCAUCUCUCUACGAUCAACCCAUUUCUUGAAUUGAAUGCCUUUGCUUGUUUUUGAGACUGAAUCUUUCCAAGUCUCAAACAGGCCAACAUAUAUAUGUCUCUGUGAUAUAUAUUUGUUUAGAUUCAAGAUUUUGAUGGUUGUUGAAUUAGAGGAAGGGCAAGAUGAACUGCUUUCCAUGCUGCAUGUCAGAACAAAAACUCAGCAGAAAAUCUUUGAAAAAAAGCAUCAAGGAAUAUCAAGACACCAGAACUUUAGCCUCAUUCGCAAACAUCUCCUUCAGAAGCAAUAGCAGCAGAAGAAGGUAUAUAACCGAAGAAAUCAAGAAAAUUGGAAAGGGCAAUAUAUCUGCUGAUGUCUUCACAUUCCGUGAGUUAUCUGUGGCAACUAAAAACUUCAACCCUGACAAUCUGCUAGGGGAAGGUGGUUUUGGAAGGGUGUACAAAGGGCAGAUUGAGAAAACAAACAAAGUUGUUGCUGUCAAGCAACUCGACCGAAAUGGAUUUCAAGGAAACAGAGAAUUCCUAGUAGAAGUUUUGAUGUUGAGCCUUCUUCACCACACCAACCUUGUGAAUCUAGUUGGAUAUUGUGCUGAUGGUGAUCAAAGGAUUUUAGUAUAUGAUUACAUGCCCAAUGGCUCCCUUGAGGAUCACCUUCUUGAUUUAGCACCAGGCAGAAAGCCUUUGGAUUGGAAAACAAGGAUGAAAAUUGCUUCAGGAGCAGCAAAAGGACUUGAAUACUUGCAUGAAACAGCAAAUCCUCCAGUAAUAUACCGUGACUUUAAAGCAUCAAACAUAUUAUUAGAUGAGACUUUCAAUCCAAAGCUCUCAGAUUUCGGUCUGGCAAAGCUUGGUCCAACAGGAGACAAGACUUAUGUUUCCACUAGAGUGAUGGGAACUUAUGGCUAUUGUGCACCUGAGUAUGCAUUGACAGGCCAAUUGACGUCAAAAUCUGAUGUUUACAGCUUUGGAGUUGUGUUUCUGGAGAUCAUCACAGGAAGAAGAGUUAUCGACAAUUCGAGACCAACCGAAGAGCAGAAUCUGGUUGUAUGGGCAACACCACUAUUUAAAGACAGAAGAAAGUUCAAAUUAAUGGCAGACCCAUUGUUAGAAAGGAAUUAUCCUAUUAAGGGUCUUUAUCAAGCACUUGCAGUUGCAGCUAUGUGUCUCCAAGAGGAAGCUACUACUCGGCCAAUAAUGAGCGAUGUUGUAACAGCUCUGGAAUACUUAGCAGUGAAGGAAGAAGAAGAUGAGGGAGUGGAUGACCAUGUCAAUGUAGCUUAUCCUGAUAGUGAUACAGAAGAAAAUCAUGCUGAACCUAAUAGACCAGAUGACUGGCAGGGGUAGGAAAUGGAAGAAGUUUUAAUGCAGCUUACAUUUUUUUUUUUAAGACAUUGUAAAACAACCAUUUUUUUCAUUACUCAGAUAUCAUUUUUCUAUGUUUUUGGUUUUGCCUUUGUAAGAACUGCCAUUGAUAACAAGAGUGUACAGCUGCUACCUCUGUGGCAAAUCAUUGUGUAUCCUAGCAGUGUUAUUGGAGGGAUUCUAAUCACAAUUUGUUCAAGCCAUUUACUCAUUCUUCAGCAAAUAGGACAGAAGGAAGUAAAGUUCAAACAAUGCUCAAAUUUAUCACCUACAAUGGCAUUGGACAGGACCAUU